AGCGCGCAGGCGCGCUUCUGCCGGCCCUUUGGCCGGGGCCCCAAGGCCGCGUCCCUUCAGUCCGAGCUCUGGGACCUGGUGGUGCGGACGCUCCGCUUCUGUUUUUCCGCUCGGUCCCCGCCCCCCAUCCCCCCCCACCUCUCCCGCCCGCUUGUUCUCUGGGUUUCGAACUGCUUCUCUCUUUCUCCCUCAUUCCAGAGGGGCGGCUGCUGCUGCUUCUGCGGCGGCGGCGGCGCGAGCCGCGGUCACGUGAUGAGCAUCCUGCUGCCCAACAUGGCGGAGUUCGACACCAUCUCCGAACUGGAGGAGGACGACGACGACGCGGCCGCCGUGUCUUCGGGCCUCGACGACGACUUCGACGAUGACUUGGAUGAUGACGAGGACGAGAGGAACGAGGACAGCAACGACCUGGAACUGCAGCAGCCGUUGCCGCCAGGCCGGGUGAUAAGCGAGGAGUACCUGCGGCGGUUGGCGCCGGACCCGGUGACUGUGCGCGGCACGGGUCACAUCACGGUGUUUGGCUUGAGCAACAAGUUUGAUACUGAAUUUCCCUCAGUUCUAACAGGGAAGGUGGCCCCAGAAGAAUUCAAGACCAGUGUUGGCCGUGUGAACAGCUGCUUACAAAAGAACCUCCCAGUCAGCGUCAAGUGGCUGCUUUGUGGCUGCCUGUGUUGCUGCUGCACCCUGGGGUGCAGCCUGUGGCCUGUGGUUUGUCUUAACAAAAGAACUAGAAGAUCAAUUCAGAAGUUAUUAGAAUGGGAAAACAACAGAUUAUACCACAAGCUUGGUCUGCACUGGAAGUUGAGUAAAAGGAAAUGUGAAAGUAAUAAUAUGGUGGAAUAUGUAAGUAUGUAUGAAAAUAUGCCUCUUCCCAUUGUUUGGAGGGUGUCCAUUCUAAAAUGUUCAGUUCAGCAGAGAUUAUUGUUUUACUUUGACUUUGGUCUGCUUACUGUAAACAUUAUAGAUUAUGGAUAAUAUAAUUAUCCUGAAAGCUACAACCAGUUGUUCUCUCUACUGGUCCAAACAAUAGCACACCAGUUUAAUCCUCCUGUGAAACAUUCAUUAGCCAUAGCAACAAAGUCAAUGUGAUGGCAACAGCUGCUGUUGCAUGACACAGAAUUUGGGAAUGGCAUCUUGUGAAAACAUGCCAUUUCAUGGUAAAAAAUACCAAUCAGACUUGGAGGCUUUGUGGAGGGGGCCCUGUCUUCUGGCCAUCUAGCUUUGAUUAAAAGGAAAACAGAUUGGAAAUUGUGGUUUUGACUUGAAGAUGGUCUUAAGUGUUCUUAAUUCAUAAAGCACUGAUCCAUCUUCACAUAUGGUCAGCCUGAGAAGCUCCAGUGUCAGUUAUAUAGCGAUGGAAUAACCAUUUCACUAUCUUUUGACUACUAUAUUUCUUAUGUCUAGAACAGCAAAUUGCUUUCUUUCUUUCAUCAGUGGAUAUCUUAAUAAAAAUUUGUUUUUUAUGAGAACUUUUCAGUUGAAUUAUGAAAAGGUGUGGUGAAGAACCAAAGGAUCACUAGCCACGAAGUCUGAAGUCCCUGGGUUUUGAUGCUCGUCAUGCAAUUGCUAGCUAAUGUUACCUUGAACAUUUUACAUGUGUGGGCCCCACCAGUUCCCUCUUCUGUAAAAUUUGGAUGUUGGGUUAGAAGGAAUUCUGAACCUUUUUUUUUUUUUGUGGACCCCUUCUCAGAAUCCAGGUUUUACAUGCAUAAAAUAAAAUACGUGGAAUUACAAAGCAAAUUGAUUCUUUGGACUGCAAUAUUCACAAUAUUAGGGGAAAAAGCUCAAUUACCUCAGAUUAAAAAUCCCUGUGCUACCUGGUCUCUGAAGUUCCUUCCAGCUCUUAAGAAUUCUGUAAUCUCUCCCUCUCCCUCUUUUUCCCAUGAUUCACCGUAGGAUGAUUUCACCUGGGAUCGUGGUAUAAACAACUCUCUAGUCCAGUAUUUUGUGCUUUGUUAUUGCCUUGUCACACUUCCUGUUCAGAUCUGGGAUCAGUCCAUUUGAAUCUUUAUUUAAGAAAAGACCCAUAUUCAACAAACCAGUUUUCCCUGUAGAAGGAAGGUUUUUUUCCCUUGUUGGAAUAGAGCUCCCUCCCUCGUUUUUAGUAUUGACAGAAUUACCAAGUGUUAGUGUUGUGAGGGGCCUGAGAAACCAUCUAGUCCACCCAACCCCCUCAUUUUACAGGUGAGAAAACUGUGAUCAGGAGAGACAGGAGGAGGAGAGGGAUGAUUUGAUUCUGCAUCCUUGCCCACUGGGCCACAUUUAACUUAAUUGGUGAUCAUUGAUUUUACUAUUCAGAGUCAAACUCAUUUAGGAGACUUUCAAAUAGACUUGGGUUUGCGUUGUAUUUAUAACUGAGUCCAGAGUAUGCUCCCACAACAAGUGAGGAGAGAUGUCAAUGUUUACAUGGAAAUCAUUUUGUCACUCUGUUCUUUUUUUUUGGUUGUUUUGCAGGUUAUCCUAAUAGAAUUCCUACCAAAGUAUCCCAUAUUCCGACCUGACUAAAGCAUCAUAAUCUGAUCAUUUUCACAUUAUCUGUCAUUUUCUACCCUUAGUGCCUUGUUAGACGAUUUUGGAAAGGAGAUGGUCUAUUUUGUUGUGUUCAGAAUGUUAUAAUGCUAGCUAGAAUAGUCUCCUUACUCAGUUAUUUUUGUUGGUUUAAAAAGAAAGCAAUUUGCACAUUUUCCCCCUUGUUAAAUGAGAUUUGUGUUUUGCACUCAGAGUUUUUUAACAUGAACAAUAGUUUUCACUUAAACAUCUAACAUUAGUGCUGAUUUAAAACAAACAGAGCUUAUUUUGAGCAUGCUACCUUUUAAUUUAUAUACCCCUUGUCUCUUUCUCGGUAUGUUUCAUUUAUCAAGGACAUUCUUUCAAAGCUCUAUGUUCCUGUAAACCUUUACAUCUGUAAAGCUUUUGGAGCUUUUGGAAACUAGAACUCAUUUUACUCGACCCUGCUUGCAAAGGGCAUGCAAUCAAUAGCACUGGUUUGGUCCUGCACUUUGCAAAAUAUCACCUAUGUUAGUGAGCUGGCUAUUUAAACCCUAACUUAGGACUUGUAAAUAUUGCCUCUUUGCUUAAUCUUAAACUGUGAUAUGCCAUGGUUUCCAGAAUGUCAAACUGCUUUUACUGCAUUGCCAAUGAGUCUUGCAUAGAUUUGUAAGUUAUGAAUGACAUUUGUAAGCAUCCUCUUGAUUGUACAACCUCUACAUGCCAGCUUAUGGACAAGUGAUAACAAAUUGUCUUGGGAUUGUUCAGGUGGCGUUCUAAAUUGUCAGUUGUAAUAAGUAGACUUAAAAUGCAUAACUGUACUGAUGGUCUGCACUGUUUCUGAAAAAAAAUUGGGAAAGAUUGGGCUACAUAGUUACACACAUAUACACAGAUACAUACACUUGCGCGCGCGCUGCUACACACAGAACAUACAUGUGUCCCUGUACCAUCCAGGACAUUUUGCAGCCCCUUCUAGCUUGCUUUCCUUUCUUUCCACACAAAUUUCCCAUCUCCAGAUGACAUCAGUAAUGUCCCUGCCUCUCCAGGUCCUGCCCUCUACAUGAGGUGCCUCAUAACAGUAUCUGGGGGAGUUGGGUAGGCACCAUUGGGAACCAUUGACCACUCCACUCUGGACUUUGGGUGCUAGAUUAGACAGCAGCUGAAUCAGAACUGAUUGAGGAUCCCAAAUCUUGUAUAAGGGUAUUUUUUUUCAAACUUACCCAAACUAGAAAUGAGAAAAUUAUUUUUGGCAUAUAUUUAGCUCAAGCUUUUUGUAGCUUCUACAUUUAUCAUGUAAGAGUACUCAGUUGGGCUGUACUUGUGCCAUGGUUAAAUGUAAGAGGAAGGAACCCUUUUCCCCAAUUCCCCUGAAGUUUAAAAAUUAAGUAUUGGGAGGCUCAGAUCAGGUUAAUAGGCAUGCUAGGGAAACACACAGUGAGAAAGCAUGACCAUCUAGGAUGAGCAGCAUUAUUUGAUUCCUGGUAUUCAUAAUAGUGGCCAGAAGAGCCCUUUAAAGACCAUAAAAGGCCAAGAUUUUUGCAUCCACCUGAUGUUAUAUUAUAAAUGUUUCAUUCAGGUAUCCUCCUGCCUUUACUUUCAGCUUCAUUCUCUUCCCCUCCUUCCAAAAAAAGCAAAAAGCAAACAAAAAAAUUAAUAUAUUUAUGUGUGCCUGCUAAUAAUUACAUGUUUGCCUAAAAUCAGAUUCAUUCACCUCCCAUGUUUCAGUUCCCUAUGGAAGUUAGGAAAACUCCCAUCAUCCAAAUGAUGCUUUUUUAGACCGUGACAUUUGAAUCCCAAAAAUCAGUUUCCAGUCUAAUGUUUGGUUCUCAUUAAUAUAUUAAUAGCUUUUGAGUGUUAACCUCACAAAUCUCAUUUUCCUUGAGGAAUUGAAAUUUUGGCAGUCGCUUCGGCUACCAUUAUUAUUACCCAUUCAUCUCUCCCCCCCCCCCCCAGGUUUUUUCUGAAGGAUGACAGCAAGUUUGGAAUUGUUUUCAUGAAACACAUAUGUAUAGAUAACCAGGAACAAAAGUUCCCCAGGGUGAGGGAAGACCACUGCAUAGAAGGGUGAAUGUGGGAUACAGAGUCUUGUACUAGCACUUAAAGAGUUCAUUGUACAAAACGACUUUGAUACUUUAUAAAAGUAUUUCUAAUGCUGCUGUCCAUUGUAUUACAAUUGACUCAUGAGCUUAUCUCAUUUUCUUAAGUUAUCCACACAUUAGCCACCCAGUUUUCUUUAUCUCACUUGUGUGUUUGCCUAUAUUUUUAAAUGGGUUUUCUUCAGACAGUUAGGUAUAGUUGAGCAUUUGGGAGAUUUUCUUUUCUUUUCAAUGACAUUGUCAUGACGGCUUAUAGAUUGAUAAUGUCACGGAGUGCUGUGGCUGCUCGUUGCUUCUCCAGAGUGAAUGAGAACUCAGCUCUCAUUGAUUCUCCCCGGAUCUGUUCUUUGUGUUUGUCACAUGUUUUGUAAAAGGUGGGGCUGAAUUGAGGAUUGCAUAUAUUUGUCCUUUCCCAGGUUCAUCUGUCCUACCUUUUCUUCUUGCCUUCCUGUCACAUUUCCCUUUUUUCCAAGCCCCUCUCUCCUUUCUCCUUUGGACACCUUUUCCCCAUUUUGAAAUAGUCAAGGCUGUUUCCCUAUUCUAUGAGAUUCUUAUCUUUAUGGACACUUGAUGGACGGUGGAUAGCCUUGUCCCUCUCUUCCCCUCCUCUCCAGCCCUGGGUGGCCAGUUUGGUACACUAGGUUAUGUUUCAGUUUGGAUAUUCAUUCCAUGGUUAUAAUUCUCCUGGCCCGGUGGUCUUGCCUUCUUCUCCCAUUCUCUUCUCCCUGUUAGAUUAUGAUUGCAAUCAUAAGGGUUCAUUAGUGGAGUAUUACAAAUUGGAAAACUUUCCCUGUCUACCUUGAAUAAAGAUGUUAGGCUAAGUUGGGGGCAGAGGGAGAAGCAAAACAAAUUGUUUGAUAAGACUAUAUACAAAUAGACUAAAAAUAUCACCCUUUUCAAAUAACUAUAAACCAUCUGACUAGGUUAUUGUUUUCUUGUUUUAGGUUUGUUCUUUGAGAGGUUUUUUUGAGGGGAAAAUUCAAUCAUGUGGUGAAUACUAGUAUCAGAAAAUAUUGGCAGUUCACUAAUACUUUACCCUCCACUCAAGGAAGUUUCAUUUCCAUGUUGCCCCAUAAAUCAGUUUUCGUGCUAAUUUUUAAGCAUGGAAAAAUAACAUUUCCAUAUUCUUUUGGAAGAAAGAGAAGACUUGGAAAAUUGAGCCUUGUACAAGUGACUCCUGACAGAUCACUUUUGGAUACAUCACCUCACUUCAAGCAAUAACUCCCACUGUUGUGAUCAGCACCUUUGCCAUUUCUACUGAGCCAUGUUUGAAAAUUUUUUUAAGCUCAGAGUGGGAUUUUUUUCCCUUAAUGAAAAAGGCUGUAACAUUUGUAAGUGUAUGAAAAUAGUUUUUAUUUUUUUCCAGUUCUUAACAGUUUUAUUUUGUUUAUAAGUAAAAAAGCCACUUAAAAAAAUAGCCCUACUUGAGCUUAAAAUUAUAAAACGCUGUUUACUGCAUUAACCUGCUUGGGUGGGGUCAGGGAGGCAGAACUUCACCUCAGCUGGUUAAUUGGAGCACUUUGACCUGUGGGACUAUUUUAAAAUUCAUUUAAGUUUCAGAUGCAAAACUCCCCUGAAGGCAGGCCUCAGAUGGCCUUUUGGCCUUUAUCAAUGACUGUGCGCAGCUUGGCUGGAUUGUCAGGCUUCAUCUCUACAGAGAAGGGAGCAACUGUUGGCAUCUGUGCUCUGCUAAUGAAAGGGAAGGUAAUUUUUAUGUUUUUCUCCCUAGUUUUCUGCUCCUGACUGAGCAUGCAUUUCCUAUUUUGUUGGUUCCAGUUCCCCAGAUCGUGGGAAAUUCUGGAGUGGAACAUUUUAUGCUGAAUUCUUACCCUAGAGGAAAAACAGUAAGAACCACCACCUCAGUCCUCCCUAAUUCUGCUACUUAUAGCUUUAGUUCUCAAUGCCUCACACUUAGUAGAUACUGAGUAGAUAGAUAUUUGAUGAUGACUUGAGUAUAUAGUGGCUGCUGCAUAUUUAGUUACCGAGGAGACUGACUCCUUACUUCCCUCCCCCUUAACCUGGGCCUCUCCUUAGUGAUAAGCACUAAUAGAACUUCUAGAGGGGCCUCAUCACCAGGGAGGGGCUAAGACCCUGGGGAACCCAGACUUUUUUGAAUCUGUGGGAUCUGAAUGCACAGCUGCUAACUACUGUCCAGGCAAGAAUAUCAACUAUGAGGACAGAGGCAGAUGGUGGUGGGAGGGAAGCCCCACUUGGACAUUUUAUAGGGUAAGAAUUUCACAUCUGAACACCUGGCUUACUUUUUUAAAGAGCCACAUCCUGUAGAUCUAUGGGAAGGAUGCUCUGAAGACAUGGAAAGUCAAAUGAUUAAAUAUCCAAAUGCAAGUCGUUUCUAGCGGAAGUCAGGACUCUGCUGAGUUAUGUUGGACUAGUGACUUCAUUCCUUUGUACCUCAUGUCCUUGUAGGAUAACAAAUCCAGACCUACCUCACAGGGGAAUUGAGGCUCAUUUCAUACCUUAGUGUUCUCGGUGAGUGCUGGCAUUCUGAACAUCACUGGUGUGUGUAUUUCAGAAGGGAUCCCCUUAGAUCUAGUCUUGGUUUAUUAGCUGAACCACACAACAUGAACACCACAUCUUGGCUGAGAGCAGCUCCAAGCUAUUGCUUUCUACCUGUUAUACAACCCUCGUGGAUUGGGAGUUUGCCCUGCAGAUUAUACUUCAUAAACUCUUUACACAUUUAUAUUAUCCUUUCCCUUCUUAUUAGACUUGGUUUGGUGACAGAACCACCCUUCGAUUUUAAACACAUGGCAUUCUCUUACCCUUUCUGCAGGCUGUAAGUGUUGACUCAGAUGACAAACUCUUGGUCUGUUGUUUUUUUUUCCACACUGGGGAUGUAUUGUAGCUUUAGAUUAGCAUUUGCUUCUGCUUGAGACAGAAAUAUUUAAACUACUUCAUUUUGUAUAUGUACAAAGUAUUGUAGAUGUUGAGAAUAUUACACUGUUAUACUCCAGCAUGGGACUUUGAAUUCCCAAAUAUUUUAAACUAAGGUCAGUUCAGCUUGGGAAUUUAAUAUAAACAACUUAAAGCAAUAAUGUCUCAAGUAGUAUUUGUGUUCUCAUCCUUUUUGAUUUUUUAAAAAUUAUUUUAAACUUGAUUUUAUUUCGUCUCCUAAAUAAUAGUGUUUUAAAAUAGAUGAAGCUUUUAAACUAAUUAUCAAUAUUUUAAAUGAAAUGUAAUCUCCAAACUCACUUGGCACCCCUAGUUAUUUACCAAACAGAGGCAUCAGAGGAUUCCAAGGUGUUUUCUGGAACGAUGACGAACAGCAAGGCCAAAAAGCCAGAGAGGAGCCAUUUCACAAGACACUUUGUUGAACUGCCUAUCCUUUCUCUUUUGUGGCAGAGGAUACUCGUUCGAACAGUUUUACCAGCAGAGAAUGAUAAUCAUUUCUAUACAAACCAAGAAUUCUCCUGGAUCUUCGAAUGUUAUAUAACCUGUCAAAUUAUAUUUUUCCUUCCUGUAGAAUGUAGUAAUCUUCUCCUCCCCAGAAGAACUCUUCUUAUAUAACUGUGCCAAAACUGAAGAAACCUGCUUUUAUGAAAUUUUCAGUGCUGCUUUUGUCUUUGUUCAUUUGUCAGAUGUAAAAUUGAUUAUCUCAGGAUUGCAAAAUUAAAGUCAAGUGCAAACCAA